AUGAAAUCAAGAACCCAUGGGAAUGCCGCAUCAUCACAUAAUACGGGUGACAUCUCACCGAUAGCGCCUAAAACAUUCUCCGAAAUGGCGUGGUCCAUCCCCGCCGACCUCCCACAACACAUUACUCUACCGCCCACCUUUACUUCUCAACACUCAAGCUCGUUACCUUCUACGCCUUAUCAACAUCCACGAGACCUCCAGUUUACCUCGAGAUCGCCAUCUCCAACCCGGGGAAACAGUUCUCCCCGAUCUACCCACUCAGAAUCCACCCACCUACUCCCAUCGUCACGACGACCUCAUGGAGGUUGUAAAUAUGAAACCGGAAUGGCCCAUUUCCGGCGGCGGAUACCCUAUUCUCUGGGAAGUGAAUUGUUGCCCAAGGAGACGGGGCCGUUAAAAAAACAACUGGAUCCCGCUGACGAGAAGAAGCUUAGUGGUGAUAUGAGGGAGCUCUACGACAGACUGUUGCCCUCUGAGGAAAGUGAACAACGGCGGUUAAAGUUUGUUAACAAGUUGGAAAAAUUACUGAACAAGCAGUGGCCGGGUAACAAUAUCCGUGUUCGCGUGUUUGGGUCUUCUGGGAACAAACUCUGUUCCAGUGAUUCUGACGUUGACAUUUGCAUUACUACCACGUACAAGGAGUUGGAGAAGGUUUGCAUGUUGGCAGACUUUCUUGCGAAAAGCGGUAUGGAACGUGUUGUUUGUGUUUCCCAUGCCAGAGUUCCGAUAGUGAAAAUAUGGGACCCCGAAUUACUGCUGGCCUGCGAUAUGAAUGUCAACAACACCAUGGCACUAGAAAACACCAGAAUGAUCAGGACCUAUGUUGAUAUUGAUGAACGGGUGCGGCCUUUGGCAAUGAUUUUGAAAUACUGGACUAAACGGCGAAUACUCAACGAUGCUGCCCUCGGCGGAACCCUAAGCUCCUAUACGUGGAUUUGCUUGAUUAUCAGUUUCCUCCAAACGAGAAAUCCCCCAGUCUUACCCAGCCUUCAAAAACGGUGCUCCAAACAACAAAAAAAUGUGGGUGAUUCUGAGUCAUCGUUCGAUGAUGACCUGGAAAAACUGGUUGGCUUCGGACGGGAUAACAAAUCUUCUUUGGGCGAACUCUUGUUUCAAUUCUUUCGGUACUACGGUUAUGAAGUUGACUACGAAACGAAAGUUAUGUCAGUGCGAGAGGGUUCUUUGAUAUCGAAAGAAGGAAAAGGCUGGCACCUUCUUCAAAAUAAUCGACUUUGUGUUGAGGAGCCAUUCAAUACAUCGCGAAAUCUUGGGAACACUGCAGAUGAUACUUCUUUUCGUGGAUUGCAUAUGGAACUACGGAGAGCGUUUAACGCAGUGUCCGAAGGAAACUUUGAGGAGUGCUGCGAGCAGUAUGAGUACCCCCCUGAAGAAGAACGCAAUUGGGAGAGGCCACCACCUCAACCUCGACCUAUCCUUGCACCUAAUCCCUCCAUCUCUUCAAGAGGCGGAAGGGGUGGGGGUAGAGGCGGUCGUCAUAAUAAUCACUAUAACCGAGUACCGAAUACAGGCCGCCGAUCUUCCAGCAGUGCGAACCGCCCGAACAUUCAACAUACAAACCCUUCAUUCGCAGCGGAUAUUGCUCUCCAAGCACAACAGGCACAGCAGGCACAAUAUCUUUUACACGACCAUCUCUAUCAACAAAUACAGAUUCUGCAGGCCCAGGAGCAGGAGUUGCGAAUGCAGUUACAAAACCAAGCACUCAUUAGUGGCAGGGCCCCUCCCACACUGAUACGACAGCCGUACUUGCAAUUCCCGUUCCAACAUCAAGAGGCGGUUGGUCAAGAUGAAAAUUCACGAGCUCGAGCGGGGACGGUAAAUCAUCCUCCAUUAACAGCACCCGUUCGACAACAAGUUUUCUUCAAUCCUUCUUUCAUUCCAUUAUCCAUUCCCACAAUACAAGACGCCAACGCAAAUCCUCCUUCCCCAUCGAUAGUUCCUACCGCUCCCGAAACUCGUCGCAGUCAUCGGAGAUCAUCUAUUGCGAGUGGGUCCCCUCGUGGCCCAAUGCGGGCACAAUCACAACCAGCGCGACCUCUGCCAUCGCCUAUUGUACAGAACUUUGGUAAUGCUCAUCAUUCCGUCCCGUUAAGCGAGGCUCCCCAUACCCCCAGCCCAAGACUGCAACCCUCUUCCCCAAAGAGGGCAGAUGCCGAAGUUGAUGUUCUGGUCCCCAAUGGCAUUCCUAUAUUUUCAAGAUCCUACGCUGAGGAAAGACGCCCCUCGGAGUAUGUGGGUUAUUAUCUAGGAGAUUCUCCGCAGAGCCAGACAAUCCAUCACCCCUCAAUGGGUUCGCCGCAAUCUGUCAUGGAUGGAUUGGCCAUCCAAAGUAGCUCUUUGUUUUCAAACCUUCGCAAUCCAACGAAUUACCGUCACAACGCGAUAGUUUUCACGGAGCAAGCAAGUCUUUCAUUAGAACACGAUCAUCUACCCGAUCACAACCCGCUGUCAACACAUGGGCAAUCCUCAUCUCAGCCUAAGACACAAAAAGAUGGAGGUCCACUUAUAGUGGAUGGCUCUAUUUCAAUCAAUGAACGCCAUUACUCGAUGUCUGUAGAUAACGCAGACCAAUUUGGCCCUAUGAGUCUCAGCACCUCCGCAUCCGAGGAUCGACCAUUUGAUACUCCUGGUAGUACAUCAGAUACCCUGUCACAGGGGCUGCCAGACCAUAUUCUGUAUGACGAGGAAUUCGAGAAAACGUACGGGCGUGGUCGGCAAGAUACCCAACCUCAUGCACAUAUCAAUGGGUGGGAUUCCGUUGGAGCCAAUGGUGUUACCUUGAAUGGUCACAGUGGAAGAUUAGAAACACUAUCGGAAAGGCUGCAAAGAUUUCAAAUGUCCGACACGAGUCGUUCAGCAGAGUCUCAUGGGAAGUUAAAUAUGAAUCAGGUCAAAGGAGGAAAGUCAUACCCGUGCACCGCAGAGAAUGGCAUGGUUGAGAAGGAACACCAUGUUGCACAUGAUAACUACGUCCCAUUGUCUACUUCUGCACCUGCGCUCUCACCCGUCAAGGAAUCUCGAACCUCCCCGGCCACUUCGAAACGACGCUUAAAUGGUUUGGAUCCUGAGAAAGCUAACGGGACGAGUCAUAAAAAUGGGCCACAUGGACGACAUAAACGUAGCACCACUCCCCAGCAGACGGACAACAAUAAUAGAGAAAAGCAAACAGAUCCCGAGCGUCGAAAACCAAACGGCCACCCGGCUGCUAAUGGAGCUGGUGGAAACGAGCAUCACUGCGGGUCAACUCCGACUGGUUGGCAGAUUACGACGAAGAAGAAAACUAAAAGAAGCAAUAAGGUCCCCGCUGAACCAAACCACAACAAUCUCAUCAAGGGUGUCGAGCCUCUUCCGGCUGAUGAAUCGUUGAGGAAAGGGGGUUGA